AUGAAUAAAGUUAAUAACUCUGUGGUGACUGAGUUCGUGUUCCUGGGACUGUCCAAUUCCUGGGAAAUCCAGCUGUUCCUCUUUGUCUUUUCCUCUGUGUUCUAUGUGUCAACCUUGAUGGGAAAUUUUCUCAUUGUACUAGCAGUGACCUCUGACCCUCAUUUACAGACACCCAUGUAUUUUCUGCUGGCUAAUCUUUCCAUUAUUGACUUAAUAUUUUGCUCUUCUACAACUCCCAAAAUGAUUUAUGAUCUUUUAAGAAAGCAAAAAGUUAUUUCUUUUGGGGGUUGCAUAGUUCAAAUAUUUUUUAUCCAUGCAAUUGGGGGUGCUGAGAUGGUGUUGCUCAUAGCCAUGGCAUUUGACAGAUAUGUUGCCAUAUGUAAACCUCUCCACUAUCUGACUAUAAUGAGCCCCCAAAGGUGCAUUUUAUUUUUAAUCACUUCCUGGAUUAUUGGCUUUAUUCAUUCAAUAACUCAGUUAGCUUUUGUUGUAAACUUGCCUUUCUGUGGCCCCAAUGAAUUAGAUAGUUUUUUUUGUGAUCUUCCUCGAUUUUUAAAACUUGCUUGCACAGACACUUAUAAAUUGGAAUUCAUGGUUACUGCCAAUAGUGGCUUGAUUUCUGUAGUUGCCUUUUUAAUUCUGAUGAUAUCUUAUAUCUUUAUUUUGGUCACUGUACAGAAAAAAUCUUCUGGUAGCAUAUCUAAGGCUCUUUCUACUCUGUCAGCUCAUGUCACUGUUGUAAUUUUGUUCUUUGGGCCUUUAAUCUUUUUUUACAUUUGGCCAUUUCCCAUAACACAUCUGGAUAAAUUUCUUGCCAUCUUUGAUGCAGUUAUCACUCCUUUACUAAAUCCAGUUAUUUAUACAUUUAGGAAUAAAGAGAUGAAAGGAUCAAUGAGGAAGUUAUGCAUUCAGUUUAUGAAUUACAGUAAAAUUUAG